CCUAUUAACCGCGAGAUGGCGCACCUGCAUAGCUUGCAUAUAUACGGCGCUGGCUUGCAUACUGUAGUGGGCUCAACCGGAAGGCUCAGUUUACUUGCCCUAAAAUCUUACAGGCAGUGCAUUACAAAGAUUGUCUGCCUAGGUCUUCGUGGUUCAGAGAUGCUUUCCUAUAUUCCUGUCCUGGUGGCAUUGGGGUUUCUUGCCCGCUGGUUCAGGGAAAGGAAAAGAGUGGCUCAUCCAUCAAUGAAGUAUGUCUACAUUACUGGCUGUGACACAGGCUUUGGAAACCUCCUAGCAAAGCAUCUAGACCAGCUGGGCUUCAGAGUUAUUGCAGGCUGUUACACAGAGAAAGGAGAGGAUGACCUGAAGAAAGCAACCUCAGACAGACUGACAACCCUGGCCCUGGAUGUUAGCAAUACUGAGAGCAUCAACAAGGUAGCAGCCAGCAUAAAAGCCCAGGUUGGAGAGAAAGGUCUGUGGGCUGUGGUGAACAAUGCUGGAAUAUCUCUUCCCUCUGCCCCUUAUGACUGGCUUACUGUCGAUGACUUCCGCCCCAUGCUAGAGGUCAACCUGUACGGUGUCAUCGCCGUGACCCUCAGCGUUCUACCUCUAAUCAAGAAGGCCAAAGGCCGUGUUGUCAACGUGGCCAGUGUCUUUGGCAGGAUCAGUCCAUUCGGAGGUCCAUACUGUUUGUCGAAGUAUGGAGUGGAGGCCUUCAAUGACAGCCUUCGGAGAAAUAUGGCCCCUUUUGGAGUGAAAGUGUUGUGUAUUGAGCCUGGGUUUUUUAAAACAAAUGUGACCGACUCAAGUAUUAUAAAACAGAACCUGCACACGCUAUGGGACAGAUUACCCCAAGAUGUUAAGGAUGACUAUGGAAGUGAUUACAUGGAUAGAGUGGGUGUGGUCUUGGAAUCCAGGUUUAUGAAGAUGCUGGACGGUGACCUGAUGAAAGUGGUAAGAAGUAUGGAGCAUGCCGUGACAGCCGUGUAUCCCCGAACUCGCUACUCGCCCGGCUGGGAUGCCAAGUUCUUCUGGCUGCCGCUCUCCUACAUGCCAACCUGCCUCUCAGACCUCUUACUAGCUAAGGAUGCGGUGAAGCCUCAAGUUUCACUUCUAUAACUGCCUAUGCCACACAGCAUAACUACGCUUAGACCAGAAAACAAGUUAUACAACUGUGCUUAUUGUGUCUUGCAAAGCUACCAUUUUAUGUGCAAGUUCCAGUUAAGGAUGGCAGGUUGUACUGUAAUAAAUACCAUGCUAUGCCUAAUGCAGAACUGAAACCAGAAAAGACUGAAGUACUAAUGGACUAUUUCUAAGGUUAGGCCUACUAGUGUUGUAAAUAUUAAUAUUUCUGUUAAAUAUCUGUUAAAUAUUUCUGCAAAUCUGUUAAAAUAUUAGAAAUUGUACUCUAAAACUAUGUAGAUGUUACAUUGGAAGUGACAGUAGGCCUAAAUGGCUACACUGUGACUUGAGCAGCUGUUAUGUUGUGAUCAUAAAACUGUGCAACUGAGUUGGGGAAAGGAGUGUGGUGCUGGGCACAUGUAAAAUAGGUCAAUAUUUACUGUAGUUUUACUUUGUUUUUACCAACUGCUUAGUACAAAAACAUUUGUUACAAUAUUGAUAUUUCACCUGUCUUUUUUCAUGUAAGAAUAAAACGUUUUGAAUCA